GUCUUGUCUGAAGGAAUCGUGCGAGUGUGUUUUUCUAUCUACUUUGUGUGUUUCUGGGUGGUAGUCAUGUAAACGCAGAUCUAGAAAAUGGGUCCCCAGAAAGGCACGCGUAUUGAUAACUUCAGUGGUUCUAAAGACAGAUAUAUUGAAUAUUUAGAAGCCAAUGUCUAUGACUUGCGAGAAGAGCUCAAGAAAUUGCGUCCGAAAUCCACUUCCGCAGCAAGCCGCGGCCUAGAGCUGCAACACGGUCUCUUAACAAGCGUUUUCGAAACUCCUAAAGCCCAAGUUCCGGAACAAAAACCUCCAUGGAAGACAGCGCUUCUGCCGUUGAUAGAACGCAUCCCAACCACAGAAGCCGGAUGGAGACAAAGGAGGGAAACUCUGCAAAUGGUAACCGAGGCUGACGUUAUUGCCUCUAUUAAGUGUUUGACACGCUCCUCAUCACCCUAUAUGCCACACGAAAACAACGAGACAUCGGAGCAUAGUAUGACUUCAAUUGCUAUCGUUAAAAAUUAUCGCAAUUAUACGGCUAUACUCAAUCAGCAUCGGGAACGGUCAACGCAAAUUUUCCAUUUCGGCACACUGCUAUAUAUCUGCUGCUGCAUCGUAGCUCUAGAAACGGGAGCUGACAAAUAUGCUGUCGAGGAAGAUAUGAGGGCAUUUCUUUCAUCCAAGGCAGGGUCAGCCUAUUUGCGUGAAGUCCGAAGAGGUGCUCUGUGGGUGAUCCAAAGGAUCAAAGAGCUUGUCUCUAGUGGUCUUGAGCAUCGCGCCUGGGAACUGUUCUUCCUUUGCGGUAUGCAUAUCCAUGCGUAUCAGAAGUGCGUGCAUCACAGAGAUUCAUCGGAUUUUACCAGACUUGUCCCAAUUUGCAGCCCACCCGAAGAGGUACAGGCUCGUAUCCCUUUUAAUAUUCCGAUCCUUGUUUGGAAGAUCAGCCGCGGGCAGUGGAGUAUCGAGGUUGUUAAUACAGCAUUGGGGACAGAGGUGUCCAUAUCUGAGGUCGACGCAUGGGACGCGGCCUUUUCCGCUUACGAAAUUGAACGUCCGACGAUGGGACGCCCUUCGAAACGCCGCAGAAUAGAAAAAACUACUUCUGAGAUCACUGCCGACGGGUGCGAAGAACAAGACAUGGCAUUGGAUGGCAACGAGGCAACGGACGGCAACCAGGGUUUGCAUAUCUCAGUCGACGCUGCAGAGAUGCAUUCGCAAGACGCACGCACCCAGGUGAUCAGGGAUAGCACACACCCACCAGCUACUGAAUAUUCGCCUGACUCGAUAUCGCGCAGGUCUUUUAUGAAUCCUUCUUUUAUGGAUGACCUUCACCAUUGGAACCUAGGUGGAGACGACUUUGUGGCCACAGGAUAUGACUGUUAUUUCAUCGAAAUCGCUCCCAACAUCCACGAGCUAAUUCACAGCGCGCAAAAGUUCACAAUCGACCAUAUCCCGAGAGUAACAGCCAACGUGGACCACAUACUCAGCUAUGGAGCUCGGCUUGAUGUUGACCAGCAUGGGCCUAUUGCAAAAGCACGGAUUUUCGAGUUGCAAUGGCCAAGUGUCCUCGACAGGAAAAUGGAUGAAGCCAUCAAGUCGCUGGUGUGUUCUUCCCCUACUUAUGGAAAUGCCCGUGCUAACUAAGAAAGUACCUCAAUGUCCAAAUAGUAGCUAGGCAGCCGUCCUAUGACUGGGAGGCGCUGUUAGUCCAUUUGGAAUUUGGCCGCGUGAGAGCUCCAGACAGUGUACUCUGUAGCAUAUUCAUACCCGUUAGGAUGGUCGAGAGCGAUGAGAAUAGGCGUGUUCAGUUUGAAAGUGAUGAGGUUGGGACUCUGAUGGCCAUUAAGACAUGGCCCCCAUUGG